GCCGGGAGGGCCGGGAGGGGCGGCAGGGGACGACAGGGCACGGACGGGAGCCCGGCCAGAGCCGUGGUCAGUCGGCUGGAUGCGGCCGCAGCGAGUGGAGGGGGGAGCGCGUGUCCAGUGGACGGUCGAGCACUCGGACACGAUGCCGGCCGGCAGUCGGCUGGCGCUCGGCUGCCUCGUGUUCAGCCUGUGCGUGCUGCUCUCGGAGGCGUAUCUGUUCAGUUUGCUGCUCUCGAACCCUGUGGUGCCGACGGACUCGGUCGGGGGCGCCGGGCCGGACCGGGCCGCCAGUGACAGUGACCUCAGGUCAGGUGAACCAGUGCGGGCCGCCAGUGAGUCGGUGGGCGAGCUGAGGACGCGGGCCGCGGGCCGAUCGGAGACCGAGCUGGAUCUCGAUUUGGACCUGGAGCUGGAGCUGGGUCUGGACCUGGGUGUGACCUCUGUCGGUCCCGGAGGUGAGGGAGGCGCCGAGGACCAGGAUCUGAACCGACCCGCCGGUCGCCGGCGGUUCAGCGCUUCCCUGGUACCGCGGCACAGUGCCAGGCUAUCCGAGGAUAGUGCUACUGAAGAGGACAGUGCCAAACUCCUGGCCGAAAUGAUGGCCUCGGAGCGCUCCAGUGAGCGGAGCUGUCUGUCGGACCAGGUGUGUGGCCGCGGCAGGUUUUGUGACUCGGAGACUGGCACGUGUCAGCGGCGCCGGCGGCCCGGCCAGCCGUGCUCCCGGGACGGCCAGUGCCGCGGCCGCAGCAGCUCCUGUACACUGGGUCACUGCCAGAGGCGACAGCACAAGGAGAAGAAGGAGCUGGUGUCCGAGUGCCGCUCGGACACCGACUGCGACUCCGACUCGUGCUGCGCCCGUCUCAGCUCUGGGACCGUGUGUCGGCCCCGCACCCCGGUCGGCCAGCGGUGUCAGGCGCUGCCGGCCAACCUGCCCGUGCCCAUCUACGCCACCUGUCCGUGCGAGCGGGGGUCAGCGUGUAAAUACGUCCACAGACCAGGGGAGGACUGGACAUUAUGGACAGCUUAUGACAACCUGAGGUGUGUUCGAGAUUAGACGGGUUACCUGAGGCGUUCGCCGGUGAAUCUUAUGGAUUUCGAGACGCCCCAUCUAGUCAUGUUGUGCCGGCGCUGCUCCGAGCAGCCAAGUGAUAGAUCUGCGCCAAUUCGCCAGAGGAUAUGCGUGUUUGUGUUAUGAGAUUUUUAUCAGUGACAUUGGAAAGUGUACCUAUUGUUUUGACGCGCCAAGCUGGCUGUACUGAUGUUUUAAGGUGAUGUGAGCAUGCCCAUGGUGAGCACAGAAAUAUAAUGACCGGACAGUUA